AUGUAUUAUAUUGAAGAGGAACAAGUGAUAGAACAAUGGAUAAUACAAAUACCACUUACAUUUAUACUUUUGGAAAUUAUUGCAAUUUGCAUCGUACGUUGUAUUUUGGCAUUUUUAACAAUAAGAAAAUAUAAGCGUAAACGAUUUUAUUAUCAUCAAGCGCUUAUUAUGGAUAGUUCAUAUUUUGCUGGUGCACCAUCAUAUGUUGACAAAUAUCUGGAAGAUUCAGUAGAGAAAGAGAAUGCAAUUCGGAAAGCAGCUAUAAGUACUCCUGUACCGGAAAAAUUAAAUAAAGAUAGUAAAAAUAUUACAACUGAUAACAAAGUUUCAAUUGUAAAAGCAGCAACAGCAAUGAUGAAAGCGACAAAUGCAAAAAAACAAAACAAAUUUUAA